AAUUCACGUCACACGAAGGAGAUUUCUUCUUCCAUUCAGCUCGUGAUAAAAAUAUAACACUACGCCUAAGUGAAAGCUCGAGUUUUUUUAUCAACGAUAUCAAUGUGAUAAAUUCCUUACAAAAAGCUUCAGAACAAAGUAAACCUACAGACGAAAUCAGUAUCGAAAAAUUACCCAUUCAAGUGCAAAUUUUAAAAACCGAUAUCCAAAGAUUUGCAAUUCGAUUGAGACGUUAUGAAAAUAGGACCUCAUCGUUGUCUAUGAACCGUGUGAGAUUUCUUCAAACACGGUUAUUGACUCUCGGGACUCGAGUAAAUAGAAUAAUCCAGAAGCUUUUAACCAACAAUUGUGAAUCGAUUCCUUGUAAAAAUGGUGGAACUUGUUAUAAUUUGUAUGAAGAUUUUAACUGUGAAUGUCCCAAGACCUGGACGGGAAAAACCUGUGAGACAGAUGUUGACGAAUGUCAAAAUUUCAACGGAACCGAUUUGGGUUGUCAAAAUAAUGGAGUUUGUAUAAAUUUGCCAGGAAGUUAUCGAUGUAAUUGUACAAAUGGUUUCCUUGGAGCCCACUGUCGAGAUCGUGUGGCUGAUUGUGCCAAAUCCAGACCCGGUGAGUUAUGUGGAAAGGGUCAAUGCAUUCCAGCAAAUAAUACCUUGGGCUAUCAGUGUUUGUGUGAUGCUGGGUGGAAAGUUGACAAUAUCACACAGUCUUGCACGGUUGAUAUUAACGAAUGUCUAGAAUCGUUGGUUUCAUGUCAUACAAGUUGCAUCAACUUACCUGGAGCCUUUGCUUGUGGCCCUUGCCCAAGUGGAUACACUGGCAAUGGAGUCAAUUGUCGGGAUAUCAAUGAAUGCGAAAAGGAUAACGGAGGUUGUAGCAUGAUGCCGAAAGUUCAAUGUAUUAAUACCGAGGGUUCACAUCGAUGUGGAAAAUGUCCUCCAGGUUGGACGGGUGAUGGCACUUAUUGUAGCCAGGCGGAAACUUAUUCAUGUGAGUCAACUAAUAUUUGUCAUCCACUGGCUAAAUGUCAGUAUAUUUCGAAUGUGAUGGUUUGCGUGUGUCCGGAGGGCUUAGUAGGCUCUGGGUAUGGACAAAAAGGUUGCAGAUCGGGUUCAGCUAAUCCCUGCAAUGAACACAAUUGUCAGAACGGUGGAACAUGUGUGAAUGUUGGUGGCAUGGCAACAUGCAUAUGUCGUGAUGGCUUUGAAUCUGCUCAUUGUGAAAUACAAAACAUAUGCUUAUCAAAUCCAUGUUUAAACGGUGGAACCUGUACCAAACACCACAACGAUACCAUUUGCGUUUGUCCUCGUGGAUACUCUGGGAACCUUUGUCAAACCAGAAAUGCAGUUUGUGGCAGUGUAAUAACUCAAGCUUCUGGGGACUUAACAAGUCCCACAGCACGUGGAAGUAACGUUUAUGGUCCAAAUCAGUCAUGCGCUUGGGUUAUUCGGACUGAUUUCGAUCUCAUUCUGAAUGUGACGUUUAGCCGUUUUGACAUUCAGUUUGAUGCAACAUGCAGCAAGGACUGGUUGCAAAUCAAUGAUGGCAAGUCUCUGUCAGCACCAGUAAUUGGACGAUUUUGUGGCAAUGAGUUACCAAAAGGAAGUGGUAACCUUCAAUCUUCUCAUAACACACUGUUUUUGUGGUUCCACACGGAUUAUGCUAUUAAUGGAACUGGGUUUGCUUUGAGUUGGACAAGUGUCACACCGAUUUGUGGUGGCCGCUUUAAUGUCGAUGACCAAGGUCACGGGGUCAUUAAAUCACCAGCUUAUCCUGGUAAAAGUCCACCAAAUCGUGAAUGUGAAUGGGAUAUAAUUGCUCCCUUAGGGAAACGUAUACUGUUUCGGUUCUUCGAGGUGGUAAUGGACAAUUCAGCUAAUUGCACAAAGGAUGCAUUGAUUCUUUAUGAUUCAAAUGAAGUAUUGGAGAAGAUUUGUGAAACAGGCGUUCCACCACCUAAAUAUUCAUCAACCAAUUCGGUUAAGGUACAUUUCCACACGGAUCUUGCUAAGCAGGAUAGCUUGUUCCAUAUGCAUUAUGAGGUUGUCGAAGGCAAGCCUGGUUGUGGUGGACUUUUGACGGAAGAAAAGGGAAAAAUACUCUUCACGGUAGACCUGAAUAGAUGUGUGUUUUUGAUUCAGCAACCUGUUGGAACAAGGAUUGAAAUAGCGUUUGUCAAACAGGAACUAGAAGAGGGAAGUGCUUCGUUUAAGAUCUACGAUGGAAGGACUGAGGAUGACCCUGUUAUAGCUGACACUGAUGGAGAGUUAUCCCCUGGGAAUUUUACAUCGAAUGGAAAUUCGUUAUUGAUUGUCACGCAAGUUGAUUCACCUCCUUGGGUUAUAGGGUCUUAUCCAAAUGCCAUUGUGUUUGAAGCAAAUUUUAAACGAGUUUGUGGUUAUGAGUUGCGGGACCCAUCUGGUGGAACUAUAAAGACUCCGAACUAUCCCAAACCUUAUUAUGAGGGAUUAGAUUGUGUCUAUUCUGUUGUGGGACCUCUUAAUUCUGUCGUUCAUUUACACAUAACUGACUUUGAUAUAUCGGAGUAUGAUCAAGGCUGUGAUGAUGGCGCUGACUUCAUUGAUAUAUAUUUUUCACUAAACGGACCACCUCAACGUCACUGUAAAGGUGGACAGAUGCAUGUUAUUGCUCCAAGUAACUACCUUGACUUGGGCUUCCAUUCAAAUACCAAUCCCCAGAAACGAAGAGGUAUAUCAGCAGAGUAUUAUUUCGAGAAAAUAGGUUGCGGUGGUGUACUUCGAGAAGCUGUAGGCAGUUUUGAACUUUUGAAUCCUUCAAGCCCCACCAAUUCGUAUUGUGAAUGGAUCUUAGAAGCACCUGAUUCGAAUGUUAUUUCAUUAGAUCUUACAUACCGUCGAAGUGGAACAAAAUGUGCUUCAGGUGAGGUUGAUUUAAAGAUUUUUCUAAACCGAACUGGAAGUAAUGAUGGACGUUUAGUUGAAAGCCAUUGUGGUGAUGAAAAAAGGAUUGUAACAAUUUUGCCGUCAAAUAUAGCUACAGUUUUUCUAAAACUAGUACCGCCAUCUAUUGGAAAUGCAGUGUCAUAUGGAAUUAGAGCCAACUACACAUUUACUCCAAGAUCAUCAAGUUGUGGAGGAAACUAUAGUUUGCUUUCGGGAUCAAUUCAAUCACCUGGCUGGCCUGAUGAAUAUUUCGAAUCCACAGACUGUAUUUGGGUCAUACACGCCCCCUUGGGAAAUAAAAUUGAACUAAUUCCCAGAAAUUUCUCCCUCGAAACAAGUUACAAAGAAUGUCGUGAUGAUUAUUUGGAAAUAAGAAAUGGCAUGACAGAGGCGUCUCCAUUGAUUGGAAAGUUUUGCGGUACUGAAAUUCCACCGCAUAUUCCCUCGUUUACCAAUCAUCUUUAUCUACAUUUUCAUUCGGAUGCAUCUCUUAACUAUCCUGGUUUUGAUAUUAUCUUCCAACAAACUUCGACAGGCUGUGGAGGAUCACUUACUUCUCAUACGGGAUCGAUAGCUUCACCGCAUUAUCCAGAACUUAGUCGUGGGCCGGUUCAAUGUGAUUGGAAGAUUACAAUUAGCAAAGGUUCUUCAAUCGAUGUUCGAAUUACGAAAAUCGGUCCAACUGCAAAUUUAUGCUCAAAUGAUGUCCUAACUAUUUAUGACGGUCCAGACAGUUUGUCCAAGAAAUUAUCAAUCAAUUGCUCUUCGGAUGGAGACAUUAGAUUAAGCUCAAGUAAAAAUGUGAUUUAUAUUCGAUAUGUUCUGCCAGAUGACGGAGCAGCUGAAGACCAGCAAUUUUACCUCGAAUAUCAGACAAAUUGCCAACAAACCUUAAAUUCAGUUGAAGGUGUUAUUGAGUCACCAAAUUUCCCAAGCAACUAUCCUGACUUUCUUAAAUGUGAGUGGACAAUUGAAGGUCGUAAGGCUGAAACCAUUACAUUGACUUUUUCACAUUUCGAGCUUGAAGCUCUGGAUCUACAGUGCCGGUAUGAUAAAUUCGAAGUUAUCGAUAUGAAGGGGGAAGAUGUAUUACAAAGUCACAAAAUCUGUCGAGAUCCAGCGGGGCUUUUAACUUCUGAUGGGAAUAAAUUUGUGGUUAGGUUUACAACGGAUUCUAAUAACAAUGGAAAUGGCUUCCGAUUGGAGUACAAACGGAACGGGUGUGGUGGAUACAAGAACGGUCCUAUGGCUUGGUUUGGUUCACCAAACUAUCCAUAUAGUGUUGAUGUCGAUUGUGAGUGGUUUAUCGAAGCUCCAGCUGGAAUGCAAAUUGUUUUAGACGUUACGGAAGUUCAUAUCGAAGGUGGCGAUGGGAAUUGUUCAACUAACGGUUUGAUUGUUAAAAACGAUAAGACCGAUUCUGGAACUCUACUAAGAGCUUGUGGCAUUCAAACGGAACUAUCAACAAUAACAUCACAAGGAAGCACAAUGUACGUUCGAUUUUACUCGGAUUCUGUACGAUCAAGAAAGUAUAUGAAGGCAUCUUUCCGAAGAACACAAGGAAAGUGUGGCGGUGUGAUUCACAGCAAACACGGCGAAUUAUAUUCACCAAACUAUCCAAACAACUAUUCAACAAAUACCUACUGCGAAUGGAUGGCAGCUAUAGGAAACGACUUUGUGCAAUUAUCCUUCGAGUCCCUAGAAACUCAUCAAUCUUUCGGAAAUAAAUGUGCAAAUGGGGUCCUAGAUGUUUACGAUGGUUUAAAAAGUGACGAAAAAAGUCAUCUUUUAGGUCGAUACUGUAAUGAAGGUAUAAGUCAAAGGAUAUACCUAACGUUUAACAGCGUUAUGCAUGUGAUAUUUAACUCUGUCGAUAAGCCACCUGGCAAGGGCUUUGUAUUCAAAUACAAAAAGGUAAACUGCGGGGGCACUUUAACAAAGGAAGCGGGAUCUUUCAGAGCGAAGGAGGAAGAUGGAUAUUGUUCUUGGGCGAUUUCAGUUCCAGAAGAAUCUCGUGUAACGAUAACGUUUACGCACGUUGAAUGUCAUUGUGAUGGCCUAAGCCCAGAAGAAUGCGCAAAAAGUCGAGGUUUAACGAUUAAAAUAUCAAACAGAGAUUAUACCCAUAUCUGUGAAGGCCAUCCUCCUGAUAUAACCCUCACCCGUUCAGGCCGAAUAGAUUUAAAUUCUCAACGUAUGUCAUACACUGCAAAAUAUACUCGUACUGAAACUGCUUGUGGAGGUGUCUUAACUUCAUUGCGUGGUUCAUUGGCAUCUCCAUUCUAUCCAGAAUCAUAUCCAUCGAAUGUGGAAUGUAUUUGGAUCCUCAAUGCACCAUCGGGAAAUUAUUUGGAAUUGACAUUUGACCAAAUGAACAUAACCAAUUCAGAAAAUUGUAAUCUAGACUAUUUAGAGAUUCGUGAAACAUCAAUCACUGGAAGAUUGCUUGGUGUAUUUUGUUCUAAUGUUAUACCGAAGGAUAGUCUUCAAGGAUUCGAAAGAAUUUGGAUAAAAUUCCGAAGUGCCGAAGGCAGUACUGGAUUAGGAUUUAGACUAUCUUGGACAAAUUCACAAUUGAAUGAAAUCAGUGGAUUUAAUGGGAAAAUUAAAUCACCGUCGAUUGUGUCAAUAAGAUCAGAAAAAGAACCAUUCCAAUGGAGGAUAACAGUACCGAGAGAUAAUCUGAUUUCGUUAACUUUUAAAGAAUCUAAUGGUGGUUUGAAGUUGUUCGAUGGUUUUGACAGUAGUGCUCUACCAAUUGAAAUCCAACUGUCACCGUGGCAGGUAACAUCGAGUAUGAAUGUCAUUUAUCUAAUGACAGAUAAUCAAAUGCUCGAUCAGUUCAUCAUUGAAUGGAAAGCAAUAUCUAAAGAUGUAAUAACACAAAAUCAGCCAAUUAAUACCUGCAAUGAAACUCUACAAAUAUCAUAUGGAACAACAGUGACAAUUUCAUCACCAGGCUAUCCAACUGGCUAUGAAAAUAAUUUAAAUUGUCAAUGGCUUAUCAAGCCAGAUCAUACAACAAGACAUGUUGUAGUUAAACUUUAUGAAGUUCGUUUAGAGAAACUUGACAGUUGUUAUGCUGAUUAUUUGAAAGUGUUCACCUCAAAUGAUUUACUGAAUUGGCAUGAAGAACUUAAAAUAUGUGACAGUCCUGCAAAAGGACCUAAUCCAAUAGCUGUCAUCCAUGGAACUCCAUAUUUAAAAUUACAACUUACAACCGAUUCGUCACUAAAUGCAACUGGUUUCACGUCAAAAGUGUUCACAACUUGUGGUGGUAAUUUGACAAAUUCAAUUGGAAGAAUACUUGACACAGAUAUUGUAAGUCCUGGCAAUGAAUGGUACCUACAAAAUUGUACUUGGCACAUUGCAGUUGGCACUGGCAGAAAAAUUCAAUUCACAUUCAAUUUCCCGAAGAACAUGAGUCAACAUUCAUCUGAUCAAUGUGAGAAUUAUGCUCUAAUACGCGAUGGCGUAAAUGAUGGAUCGCCUAUUCUUCCUCCAGGAAGAAUUUGUUCGAAUAAAGAAAUCAAUGGUUCAAUAACUACGAGCUCAAAUCGGGCUACGGUAAGGUAUAUCCUCAAACCGAGUAGUUCCUUUUACUUAUAUGAAACACCUAUGUGGAAUCUAACUUAUCGUGAGUACAGCCAGUGUAAUGGGGAAGUACGUUUGACAUCAUACUCACCCUCCGAGUUGAUAAGCUCACCAAACUACCCUAACGUUCCCGAUCCACACACAGAGUGUAUUUGGAUUAUAAUAGCGCCACCUGGUGAGACAGUUCAAGUUGAAUUUGUCAGCAAUUUCGACAUGAAUGUGCGACAGUGUUCGAAGGAAUUUAUUGAGUUCCGUGAUGGAGCAACAGAAAUGGCAAGAAAAAUAGGCAAAUACUGCAGCAAACCAGGAACAAUUCGGUCGUCAGGUAAUGUUCUUUACAUGCGCUACCUUACCGACAUCGCAGAACCACGCAAUGGUUUCAAAGCAAACGUUUCGCUGUCGACUUGUGGUGGAACAUUUACCCAAUACAAUAAUUUUAUAACAUCAGCGAAUUAUCCAGCACCAGGUGGAUAUCCGUCGAAUUCAAUAUGUGAAUAUGUCAUAAAAGUAUCAUCAUUUGCUCGUGUCAAUUUGACAUUGAUUGAUAUUGAUCUGCCAUUCGAUGCGGCGAAUUUGAAUAGCUCCGAUCAGAUAAGAAUCUAUCAGAUUCUGCAAGGCGAUUCGCAAAGAGUUGAAGAUGAAUUGGCAGUUAUUUAUGGCAAUACAACUACACCGACAGCUAUGCAAGUUGAUACCAAUGAAGUCCUGAUUCGAUUUUACAGUUUUAAAGCGAAUACAAAAUUUCGUGGUUUUAAGGUUAAAUACGAUCGCUUAUUUGGCGCAUGCUUCAAGGAUGUUUCUGGUGACAAUGGUGUGCUGACACUUAAUAUUGCACCACGGCGAAUGGCAAUGUUCCUAUUGUGCCGAUGGAAAAUAACAGUUCCCAAGGGUAAACGAGUGAAGUUGGAUGUAAUUGAGGUCGAUGGUGGAGUUCAAGAGUCUGAUUCAGCUAAAAACUUUAGAACGACCUUCUACAACGACUUCCAAAUGCUCUCACGCAUCACAAUGGUUGAUUUGAACAACAUAACAACAUCCACGUCGAUAAGUUCUUCGGACAAUAAAAUGUUUGUUCGAAUUUUCGGAGCAUACACAACGAGUCUGCGUCGCAUGAGGGUUGAGUAUUCAUCAAUUGAAGAGUCAAACUGUCCCGAUGAUAUCACAGAAGACAGUGGUUCUUUUUCGGUUGCGAAAUUAGGUUCCGCACCGAAUUUCUAUUGUUCUUUUGAUUUUGAACUAAAUGGCGCCCAAACAAUGUCUUUCAAUGUUUCCAGUCUGAUUGUCGAAAACCGCGAUCAACGUUUACCUUCUUUCGCUGUGCGUUUCAAAGAUGAACGUAAUUUUGAAACACUUCGAAUAUUAAGCAGCAAUUUGACCAACAGCGUCUUUGCAAUUUCGCCCAAACAUGGUACCAUAAACAUUCUCCAGAAUGAUGGAGUUCGGGUUAAAGAACUCGAAGUUUCUUAUAAGAAAAAUCCAUGUGGAGGUGAAUAUCGUUUAGGACAAAGGUUCGAGAUUUCAAUGCCAAACUUAACCGCCGAAUAUGGCAGUCUUGAUUGUGCUUGGCAACUUUUGACAACUUCAAAUCAAAAUGGCUAUGAUUUAAGGGCGAAUUUCAGUUUUACGCUACCCUGCGAAGACGAAUAUGUUACCGUUCAUGCGGGACCUUCAAAUGAAUAUUUCGAAAUUGCCAAACUUUGUCAGGGUCAAACUUUCAACAUAUCUCGUCUGAAUUCGCUGCAAAUUUACGUAUUCUAUCACACAAAAUCAUUCAAUCCAAAUAGUCAAAUGCGAAUUGCUUUUGAGCGAGCUACAAAAUGCAGCGACAAAAUCAAUUUGGAAAUAUCAUCAAUGGAAUACUUGUAUUUCACUUCGACUGAUUACAAGAAUAAUCUCGAGUGUGUGUGGGAUGUUCAAGCGAGUGAAGGUUUCUACUUGCACAUUCAAUUUAGCGGGCGUUUCUUCAUUGAAGAAAGUCAAAAUUGUACCAAGGACUUUCUAGAGAUAAGAAAGUUUGAAAACAACGAUUGGGUAUCGAUGCCAAGGUAUUGUGGUAGGAAUUUACCAUCUUCAAUAAAUACGACCUCAUCGAGACUUCAGUUGGUCUUCCAGAGUGACGAGGCGAAUACUGGUGAUGGGUUUAGUUUGUCCAUCAAAAAAACUUGCUAUGCAGUGUUUAAUGUCACGAAUGAGCAUCAAGUGAUCAAAUACCCAUCUCGAUGGAGUAUGACAAAAAUUCGUAUGACUUGUGACUAUAUUCUAAAAAGCUCUGACCCUAACAAGUAUAUUCAGGUACAGUUUAACAAGUUUGCCCUUGGCUACCGCAGUCGCUGUACACUGACCCAAGUUACGGCGAAAAAACAGACCUCAGAUGGUUAUUCAGUUGAUAUGGGACCAUAUUGCAAAGACAAUGCUGUAAGCGAAUUAAGAGCCAAGGACUCUAUUUCGAUAAACUAUGAAGCUAUUUUAGAAACAGGAGGUUAUGAAAUAGAAUUCUUCUUAGACAGUUGUGGCGGCGAAGUGAAUAAACCCAUGUGGAUAUCAAGUAUGAAGAAUGAAGCAGGUGAUGGUUAUGCCCAUAAUAUGAAUUGUAUUUGGAAUAUCACGGCUCCAGUGGGUCAUAAUAUUGUGAUUCACUUCAAGUACUUAAUUCUGGAGGAAAACUCUGAUUGUACACUGGAUUAUGUUUCUAUUUACAAAGGUUCCCAAAUGGAUAGUGACAAUCUUGAGGCGAAACUUUGUGGCAAUCUUACAAUUAAUCCACCAAGUUUCCAUAUUGAAAGCAAUUCAGCAGUUUUCGCUGCAACUUCUGACUCAUCUAUAUCACGAGAUGGAUUUUCAGCUCGGAUAAUGUUUAGCAGAGCAUGCGACGAGCGAAUUACGCUGACAGAAGCCAAUUCGCCAGUUGAUAUUGAUCGAAAUUUGACAGUUUUCAGUGGCGAAGUUAUGAGUUGUAAUAUUCGUGCAAUGGCGCCACCAGGUUUUAGAAUUGAAAUGGAAUUAAAGGAGUUAAAUAUUAGUAAGCAAAAUCAAUCAUGUGGCGCAGUGUGUGAAAAAAGCUGUGAACAUUUAGAAAUCGUUGACAGCUUAAAAGCUGACAGUUUAGUUUUGGGACGAUACUGUUGGUUAGGAGCAGUUAAGCCAAAAUUGAUUUCUUCCUUUAAGGAUGCUAUUAUUCGAACAAACUUUGAAUUACCGGGAAUUCAUCUAUUCAAAGUGAAUCUUCGCCUAGUUCCAGCAGAAUGUGGCAGUCGAAGUGAAUAUUUGCUGGAUGAUGAAAGUAGCAUUGAAAUUGAACCGUUAAGAGGAUCAAAUGGUUUAUAUCCACCCAACACUCAUUGCACUUGGAAAAUUACGUCAAGAUUUGAAUAUGAGCUUAAAUUCACCGAGUUUAGUCUUCAAAAUAAAUCCGAUGUAACUGGUAAAUGCUUGGACUAUGUUCUCAUUAAAAGUUCAGAGUCGUAUGCACAAAAUGUCGUUAGCGAGCAUUGUGGGACUAUUCCAUCAUAUGUCAUCAAAGUUGACCGUUCCCGCUUGGACGCUAUUGCAGAGAUAACAUUCCAUAGCGAUGAAAAGGUUGAGUCAACCGGAUUUAUACUGACAGCAAGGAAAACAAAUCUUUGCAAUCGAACAUAUACUCACACAGCUGGUGUGUUGAGUGGAACUAUUAUAGAUGAAGUUAGCUGUCAAAAUGACAUUUUACUACCAGAAAAUUAUACAGUAAAUUUGUAUAUUCCCAGCUUAUAUUUAAGAGGUUCAAAUUGCUCCGAAAAUUUUAUUCGAGUCAUUGAUAAAAAAACAAAUCGUCAAAUUUAUGAAGAUUGCAUGGAAAAUUAUAGCGGCAGAAAAAUCUAUACGUCUACUCCUGAAGUCCGUUUAGACUUUAAAGUUUCCAGGUAUAGUGAAUCGGAGAUAUUUUACUAUGCAAGUCCUAAGGCAUCACUACAAGGUUGCGGUGGGAAUUUGGAAAUGCCUAGUGGAUACAUAAUGAGUCCUAACUAUUUAGAGUACAAGAAUUCUAGUGUGUGUCGAUGGAAUUUGACAACAACCUCACCAAAUCGGAUAGAAUUGUUCUUCCAUGAAUUCAAUAUGGGAUCAGCUUGUAAGGCAGAUUAUUUGAAUGUUAUUGAAACUUCAAGCAAUGGGACCGAAUGGAUUUCAAAACAUCAUUGUGAACAAGACCCGGUUCAAUUUUACGUUUCACAGAGUAACAGAUUAUCAAUUGUUUCUGUGGCUGCUCGUGAUUUCGAUGGGACUGGCUGGUUAAUACAUUUCCGAACGCGUUCGGAAAGCUUAAGAAAAAAUUCAAUUAUUACAUCAGAAGACGAAAACAUUAUAGAACUUAGAUGAAAAAAAAAAACAUUAAAUAAAUUCUUUUGAAAUUUAAACUAUUUGAUUUUAUUAUUUUUUUAAUUUUUUCUUUGAGAUUUUGUCACUGUUUUGAGAUCAGAAAGUAUUUGUAUUGGUUUACUUU